AUGAGUGGUGGAGCUAGCGGAAGUACCAGUACCAGUACUGACACCUUCACCGUCAAUCUAACUCCAGAACUUCCAGAUCGGGAAACAAUGCUUCCAAACAUGACAUACGGUAAUAUCUCACCAGACGACUACCUCUCAAAGGUCACCGAAAGAUUUGAAAACUUCGAAGGUGUAUCGGAUAUGCUUCUCCCCGGCGAGAUCUGGCGAUACUACCAUGGGGGGAAUGAUAAAGAGUUGAAGACAAGACAUACAUUUAAGAGGAAUGGGAUGUUACCUGAUGAGGAGAGUGGGAGGUAUAUUGAUGUGAUUGCGAGACCUGGGCUUCCGAGAGGCUCUAAUUAG